AUCCUGAGAAGCUAGGGAAAUGCAAGCUAACACGUGGGAAUAGCAAUUUCGCGUAUUUUGAUGUCAUUUCAGGGCGAUAUAGUGCCUUUCUGAAUUGUGCCUUGUCAGCUACAACUCUGUGUAUUUCCCUGAAGGAUACAGGUUACCUCUGUGCUUAUUUUUUAGCUGUUUUUCUGCCUUAUUAUGGCGGACAACGGGGACGAAGACUGUCAGUACAGAAUUAAAGAAGGUGACUACGUUGUGUUGAAAAGAGGAGAUAUCUACAAAGCUGUACAAAUUCAAUCCAGAAAGAAGGUGGUAUUUGAGAAGCAGUGGUUCUUCCUGGAUAAUGCAGUGGGACAGCUUUACAGUUCCACCUUUGAGAUUGUCUCUGGUGGGAUUUUACAGCCACAGAAGCCCAAGAACCUAGAGAGCUCCAGUGAUGCUAAGGAGGCAGGAACAGACAACAGAAACAUUGUAGAUGAUGGAAAGUCCCAGAAACUGACCAGAGAUGACAUUGAGACGCUCAAAGAGCAAGGUCUGAAGGGGCAGGAGAUCAUCAAGCAGCUUAUAGAGAACAGCUCAACAUUCAGAGAUAAAACUGAAUAUGCACAGGACAAGUACAUCAAGAAGAAAAAGAAGAAGUAUGAAAACAGUGUGACAAUUCUAAAACCGUCCUGUCGCAUCCUGGCUAUGAUGUACCAUGGCAGAGAACCAGGAAAGAUCUGCCACCUGCGGUACGACACACUCGCACAGAUGUUGACACUGGCAAACAUUCACGCCGGCAGCAAAGUUUUGGUGUUCGAAACUUGCGCAGGGCUCGUACUGGGGUCUGUGAUGGAGAGAAUGGGGGGCUAUGGCUCAGUGAUCCAAAUGUACCCAGGAGGCGGCCCAGUCCGGGCGGGUGUGGAGAGCUUUGGCUUUCCUUCACAUUUUCACGAUAUGCUGCAUGAGUUUCCCAUCUGCCAUGUCAAUGCUCUGCUGGCAGGCACCCUGGACACCACUGCCAAAGACCCUAGUGCUGAUGAAAAGCAAACCAACAGCACUGCAGAGGAGGAGCAAAUUCAGCCUGAGGCCGAACAGCAAGACAGUCCAGAGCAACAGAGCAUGGAGACCAACAGUGGUGAGGCUGCCGGACCGGACCAGGAGAAAAUAGAGAGGGAGAAACGUAAAGAAGCCAAAGCUCAGGAAAAAAAGAUGAAGCUGGACGAGAAGCGGAAGAAGCUGGCCGCCGCCACUGUGCUGCUGGAAGGCAGAAACGCCGACGGGUUGGUUAUCGCCAGUCGUUUUCAGCCGUGUCCAGUCCUAAUGGGCCUGAUCAAGUUCCUCGCCCCCUCCAGGCCUUUUGUAGUGUACUCCCAAUACAAAGAGCCUCUUAUUGAGUGUUACACGAAACUCAAGGAACAAGGAGGUACAGUCAGCCUCAGACUCACAGACACCUGGCUCAGACACUAUCAGGUUUUGCCUAACAGGACGCAUCCCGUGCUGCUGAUGAGCGGGGGUGGGGGCUACCUCCUUUCAGGGACAACAGUUGCCGCGGACCGCUCCAAACCUGCAGGCUCGCAAAGAGCUGAGGAGCCAGCACCAAAGAGACUGAAAAUGACAGACACAGUGGAAUAAGCAAACACACUUCCUCCGUGGGGCACGUUACCACUGGCCUGUAGGGAUUUCCCCCAGCACCGACUUCCCUCUGCGCUGAACUGAUCUGACACAUGUGAAAUAAGGAAGACAGAGUGUCUGGUUUGCGUUCGUCAAAACACUUUGUCCAGUCUUGUGUGUUUAGAUCAGUGUAGAUGCAGUCAUAAUGCAGAGGGUUCAGGCUGUGUGAGCUCAGUGUGUUUUAUGUAAGGAGCUGCUGAAAUCAUCUUAUGUUAGUAAGAAUAAGUGAAAGAUUCAUGUCUUGUACCUUUAAAACCAGGUGUUAAAACAUUUUUUGUUUGCCAGCUUCAAGGUAAUAACUUUAUUUGGUUAUUUCUUUGCAGAAAGUGCCAUUUGUGAAAUGAGCCAGUCACUAAAGCAGCUUCAAUAUCUAUUAAAAAAGACAUCUGAGA